CCCCCUUCUCUCGCUCCGCACGUAGAAAGCAACAGGUCUUAAUCCCGCCUGUGCACGGCCACGAGAAGCUGGUGGUUGGCCCGAACUGUCGACUCUGAAAAACUUUUAUUUCAUCCUCUGUGCAUAUAGAGACCUGUGAACUGGAGCACUGAUGUUCCGGGUGUUGGCUGAGCACGCAAAGAGGCACCCUGGGCUAAUCCCCCAGUUCUUCUUUAUCUGCCUGGGAAUGGGUGGUGCAACCUUAUAUCUUAUCCGGCUGGCCAGAGGACCUCAUGUCACCUGGAACAAGACUGAUAAUCCUGAACCAUGGAAUAACCUCGACCCCACAUACCAGUACAAGUUUGUGGCAAUCACCACAGACUAUAAAAGCCUGAAGAAGGAGGGUCCUGAUUUCUGAAGCCUGCAGCUCAGAGUCAAACAGGAAAAAACGAAGAUCCGGAUCUGGACUCAGACUUCUUUCACUCUUUGUCUUUUCUGACAUCAGCAUUGCAGGUUUUGGGUGAACCCAACUUUUAAAUCCAGAUGUUUGUUUUUAAAUAGCAGCUGAUUGCCUGGUAAAUGUGACAGCAAACUAUUGAAACUGCUCAGCGAAAGAGCUUGUGCCUGUGUUUGUCCCAUUUUACAUUACGGCUUGUUUUUCAUAGUCAUACUUGCUUCUAAUUUUCAUCACUGGCAAUAAUUAUCUCAAGAACAUGGCUUUGUUUUGGAAAUAUUGUUUCCACUUUAAUUUUCGCUGCAACAAUGAAAACAGCCAGGAAAAAGAAAACAUGCAUUAAUCUAAGUACUUUGUAGAUAUUCAUUCUAAAUGUAAAUAGCAUGUAAAAUAUGCAAAGAAAAAAAUGAACCAAAACAACCCUGCCUCAUUUUUCCUCUUUAUUAGAGACAAAAAAGAGCAAUGCCUUCCUGCUUUGCAGCAGGAGUCAUUGUGAGCAAAGUGUUUGUACUUUAUAACCAACACAUGACUGUAAGUUCAGCUGUCACUUAAUUUACCAGUGAUUGCAUCAGUUAAGAAAGCGUCGGGUGCUUUAACCACAUUAUGUUCUUUCAAUAAAUGAACAGCUGAUUGAUGGA